AUGUUAAAUGAGCACCUGGUUGCACCUGCUUGGAGCCCGUUCUCAUCCUGGAAACCGCCUGCACCUGAGCGGGUGAGGCAAGGCCACUUUCCUGCCUGGGCAACGCCGGGCGCUGCAAGCCGGUCCUGGGAGAAGAACGGGCUCCGAGGGGGUGACCAAGCCGAAGGAACUGGACACAGGUGUCAUUUUAAGCGGAGGAGCCGGACAAGCUGGGGGGUCUGGCUACAGGCACCCCUGUCCGGGCUGCGCGGAGCCGGAGACAGAAAAGGGCCUGGCUUUGUCCGCGGCCCGGCCACGGCCGCGGCCGUUCCCGAGGAGCCAGCAGAGGCAGGGCUUCGUGCAUGGCCGGGCAGCGGCUCCCCGCAGCCCCGCCGGCGGCUGCGCGGCUCCGAGGCAGCGCCGCUGCCGAGCGCGGAGAGCUGCGCCCUGCCCGGGGCCAGCGGGGGCGGCUCGCCCAGCUCUGCCAGCGGCAGUCCGCCCCCGGCAGCCAGAGCCUUGCCCGCAUCCUUCCUGCGAGCUGAGAGGGACAUCGGCGAGAGCUGGAGAGCCCCGGCUGGAGCCGUGCGGAGGGAGGGCUGCAACAGGGCAGAGGAGGAUGCUGAGACGCUCCUUUCUACAGCUGUACAGCACAGAAACAUUUCUGCAAGCUUGAAGCAAAGGGACUGUUACAUGGGAGGAAGCACUGAGCACUUCUGGGCAAGCAAGGAUCCAUUGCAAAGCACAUCCAGAAAAGGAAGACCUUUAUUCUCACUCAUGAGAAAGAUCUGUCAAGUCAGUGCGUGGUUUGAUUGAAUGAGAGCAGUGAAACUGCUCUCUGUGGUGGAAGAUUUUUAAAAAGAGAGGUGUCGUCGUGUCUUUCUCAACGUCAAUCCAUUUUGAAUCAUGCAGACACAUCAGGGAAAGAACAGAGCCUGCUGCAGCCUGUGAGCAACAAGACAUUUCAGCUGGACCACUGCAUAAGGGCUUUGCAAGACCGCCAGUAUUUUUUUAUAUUCAGAGUUAAAUAGAGCAAUAAGAUGGAAUUUCAGCUUUAGUGCAAUGGAUUGCAGCUCUUCAGUCAAUCAAAUUAUAGUUCAAUCAGUUCAUUUUAAUCACUUCUCUGGAGAGAAGUAAACCCCUAUGUUGAAGAAUAUGCAGCAAUUUUAUUGAUGGAAAGUUUAAUUGUUUCAUUUUUCCUUACCGUCUGUAACAUACUAGACUUUUAAUCAGUGGGAACUGAAGUUAUAAUGAAGUAAAGUCCACUUUCCACAGUUCACAACUAGCUGAAAAUAAUUGGGUUGAGACUCCCAUCCAGACAGUGUAAUGCCUCUGGCAUUUUCCUGAAAACUACACUUAAUUGCUUUGCUGAUGUUGUUAAGUGGUCCUAAGGGGGAUGAAGUAGUAAAGCUGCUCACAUAUGCAGGGAAACAAUACACAAAAAAUGUCUUACAAGGUCCUUAAAGGAGGACCAACUAGUGACUAGAAGACAAUAUAUUGCACUUUUUCCCCUCUUUUGGGAAAAGUGCAAUAUAUUAUACCAGAGAGAACACACAGGAGAGGCUGAUAAAAUAAACUGGAAAUUCUAUAAACACUAUUUUUAUUUAAGGGCAGUAAGCUUGGGAGCCGAAAUACAGAAAACGUCAAGGCUCUUGCAAUCAAACCUGCAUCUUUAGGCUAGCCCAAGUUGCUUGGCAUUUUUAUGCUGAACACUGGUGAGCUGCUGCCUGUCUUCAGCACCUUGGCCUGAGGAACAGAUGUACUCCUGUCCCCAGGGAGGGAGGACAGCUUGCUCUCUGUUCUCUAAAGUGACAGGAUGUGAGCCAGGCAUGAGCUGAGAGCCUUGUCCAGGCAUCAGUGGGACCAGCACAUGUACCCUGUUAGGCUCUAAAUGUAGCCAGAUAAAGAAUAACACUUUGUCACAUUUCCUUAUUUGCUGAAUUCUUAGGAGACCCUCCAUGAUUGUAUGGCAUUUGUUUAAAAUGAUGAAUUAACUGAUAGUCUCAAGGAUAUUCUGAUGAAGAAAUGCAUUAGCUGUUUAAUGGAGAAAAAUAUUUAUUUAAGCUACUGCCCACUGAAAUCAGUGUUAGAGCUGGAGCUGUUUUGUGGAGAACUAUAGAGCUACUUUAGAUUUUUUUAAGUGGAGGGCUUUUGUUGGGUUUUUUUUGUCUCUGUUUAUUUAGAUAUGUGGGCACAGUAAAGUCUCUCUCAACAACCUGAACUUCCUCAGCUGCUAUUUGUGUAAACUUCAGGAUGACCUUUGCUUAUUCUGUUCUUGCUUUUACAGGCUCUGAACUGAACAACUACCCCAACAACUACUGAUGAAUGUCUAGAAAGGAACAUAGGCAAAAUUGAGACAUGAGGCCUCUGAGAAUCUCUGAAUUGACACCUCAAAUUUUGGCCGGCAUAUCUCUCCCAGCACCUAAAAUUAUGCUUUUUCCAUUAAAACAGGCUGAAGUCUAUAAGGACUCAAGUACCUUGACAUGUUAGCCUGACCAUCCCCCCCUAAUAUUAAUAAACUUUAACACAUAUUUCUCCUAUGGUGAAAUAAUCACCCCCCAUGUGCUGGAGCCGCCAACCAUGUGCCAAGGAGAUCAGCCCUCAGUGAGAAAGUGCCCUGUGUCCAAUUCACUCUGCUUGCCUGUCUCUGAGAGAACAGCUCGGCAGCAGCAGUGCUUGGGCUCUGCUAUUCCUGGGCUCUUGUUUUGCCAUGAGUAACAUGAAUGGUUUGGAAUGGUUUUAGCAAAUGCACCAAAUGAGGACUGUGUUGUGACAACUGAUGGGAGACGGUGCUUGGGUUUCGUAUUCUAAGAGAUGCUGAAGGACUGGAGGAACCCGGGCAAAUGUACAGUGCAGAGGGCAAAUAACCAACCUGGUGUGGCUGGCUGAAAUUUGCCUCUGUUUGUCUGGCUGGUUUAGAGGGUACCCUGCCACAACCCUUCUUUUGGGGACAGGGUUGCUGUCCCAGAAGGAGGAGUUCUUCCUGGAGCUGUAAUGCAGUCCCAGCUGCCAGCUGGCCUUUAUUGCCAAGCAGAGCUGCUUGCUGGGGUUCACAUACUUGAAAGUCUUAGCCUGGGUCUCAGUGGAAACAAGGAGAAGAAUGAUUUGACACACAUUCCCAUGAUUUGACACACAUUCCCCUGAUUUGACAUACUGUGUGGUUACAACAUGGUGUGUCCUCCACAAGAAAUCCAAAAUAUGUGUUGCUGUGCAGGCACAAAUCCGACUGUUCCUGAUAAACUGUUCAUGUGGAAGGAUACAAUUUGCAUGGUUGUCAUCAAACCCAGUGUAUGUAUUCAUUUGUGGAAGCAUGUCAGACACCAUAUGUCAUUAAUAUGCCUUUGAUAUGAUGGUGUCUGAAUAAUUUUUUUAACUGCUGAAUGGCAUAUGUUUAAAUGUAAGCAUCUGUUCUGUGUCUGUACUGUCUGUAUUAUUUAUUAGUUAUUUAUUAUUUUCUUUUGACUAAAAGUUUGAUUUAAACCUAGAAGAAGUGUGGGAUUCAUCUUAUUUUUAAAGAAGUAGAGUUUUGGUAGUAUUUCAGAAUGUGGCCAAUAUGUAUCUUCUCACAGACAAGAUGGUAAUUUAAAAGAGAAUUUUUCCCUUUUCAGUAAUCAGAAAAAAAAAAAGUUCUCAGGCCAAACAAAUAUUAGAUUUGAGUACAAGUUGGUUAAAUGAAAAAAAUAUGUUUUAGUGUUGGGCAGUUUCUGCAGUGUAUGGAUUUGCUGAAAAGAAGUCCUUGUAAGAGCCAUAUGUUACACCAUGGUGACAGUAAAUUGGUUCUACACAGAAACUUUUCUGAUUCUGUUAAAGAACUUGUUGUAUAAUAAAUGACUUGAUAAAGGAAUGAAAUAAUA